CAUGCACUGCACCAGAGUAUUAGACUAUUUUCCUCACAAACAAGCAAUGGCUGUGGAUGUAGCAAUGCAGCUAUACCUAUGCUCUCCACCCUUACGGAGAGAGAAGUGUGCCUGCAAAAUUGCUCCGAAGCCAAGCAAGCCGUUGCGGCCCUGCAUCCAGCUGAGUAGCAAGACUGCACUGAAUGGAUCAGAAGAGGCAGCAAACUCCUUCACACACAACAAAGUGAAGAAGAGGGUGUCAUUUGCAGAUAGCAGAGGCUUUGCUCUGACGAUGGUGAAGGUGUUCUCAGAGUUUGAUGAUCCACUAGAUAUUCCUUUCAACAUCACGGAGCUGAUAGACAACAUUGUGGGCCUGACAACAGUGGAGAGGGACAGCUUUGUCCUGGAUUUUGUUCAGCCCUCUGUGGACUACCUGGACUUCAGAAACCGCCUCCAGACAGACUGUGUCUGCCUUGAAAACUGCGUGCUAAAGGAGCGAUCUGUUGUGGGAACAGUGAAGGUGAAGAACCUUGCUUUUGAAAAGACUGUGAAGAUCAGGAUGACAUUUGACACCUGGAAAAACUUUGCAGAUUACCCAUGCCAGUAUGUCAAGGAUACGUACGGAGGGUCAGAUCGGGACACAUUUUCCUUCGACAUCAGCUUGCCUGAGGGAAUUCAAUCCCAUGAAAGAGUAGAGUUUGCCAUCUCCUUUGAGUGCAAUGGGAAGGUGUACUGGGACAGCAACAGGGGCAUGAAUUACAGGAUCAUACGGUCAGAACUGAAGUCUGCCCAGGAAGCUGUCCGACCCCCACGGUGUCCUGACUUUGGCAGUGCUUUUGACCAGUUUGGGAGCCCUCGGUGCUCCUACGGCCUCUUUCCCGAGUGGCCCAGCUAUUCGGGCUACGAGAAGCUAGGGCCUUACUAUUGACCCAAGGACAAAGUCCUGAUUGACUAACUGUUGCUGGUGUGUCUGCAGGCCUGGGAGCUGGUCUGAACAUGAGGAAUACGGAAAGGUGAAAGAAGUACGGCUCCAUGCAGCUCUAUGUAAGCCUCCCAGCAAAACCAGAUGUGCUCUGCUGGCAGUGGGCUUAUGGUCAGGGAAGCACCUCUGGCGUAAAGGGCUGCCUUCCCUGCCUCAGCUUGGAUAACUGGCUCUCUGGAUGCUCGAAGGACCAGGAGCUGUUGCUCAUAUGCCUCUUCAGUGCUGCUACUCCUUCCUCUUCUAUAAUGCUGCUAGUCUCCAGGGAAACACUACAGUGCUUAUGUUGUCUGUCCAAGCUAUGUAGUGGUGGCUGGUUUGUAUUGCUUGCCUAGUGUUAAAAGGCUUUUCAAAAUAUGUUCUAGUAUUAAUUUUUAGUGAGCUGUACUUCAGCUGCAGGGUUCUCCUUGCAAAGCUGGCCUAUGCCUGUCAGGAAAUGGAGUGGUUGGCUUGCAGGGA